AUGGCCAUGGAAGCGAAAUCGGGCAGCGGCGCGGCGAAGGGAUGGAUGUCCGUCGCAUGGUCGGCCAACGGAGGGAUGGCGGAGAGCACAGCCGUCAUCGGCAACAUGGACGGCGGGAACGUUGCUGGUUACCACAUUACCGGUUACACCAUGGGCACGGUGAAGAAGAACGGGAUGGACAUUGGCGGAGACGCGGGGACGAGCAACGAGGGCGGGUCGACCGUUGUGAAGUUCCUGCGACGCGAGAGCGACGGCGGGGAGGUGAAGAUUAAUCUGAGCGGGAAGAAUAAGCUCGUGUGGGCCUACUCGACGGGUUCCAAGUCGCUGGGCUACCAUGGCGGCAACUUUGGGAGCCUCACGGUCGACUUCUCCUGCCAGUCCGCGCCUGGUGCGGGUAGUGGUGGGGGCGGAGAGGGGGAAGAAGGGGAAGGAGGGGAAGGGGGAGAGGGAGGGGAAGGAGGGGAAGGGGGAGAGGGAGGGGAAGGUGGGGAAGGAGGGGAGGGUGAGGGGGGGGGCGAAGCGGGAGGUGGUGGGGGCGGAGAGGGCGAGAGCGGCGGCAGCAAGGGGGGCGAGAGCGGCGGCAACAAUGGGGGCGAGAGCGGUGGCAGCAGCGGUGGGGGCGAGAGCAGUGGAGGCGAGAGCGGUGGGGGCGAGAGCGGUGGGGGCGAGAGCAGUGGCGGGAGUGGUGGGAGCAGCGGUGGUGAGGGCGGUGAGGGCGGUGAGGGUGGAGGUGGAGGGGACGGAGAAGGUGAGGGUGAGGAGGAAGGAGACGAUUGA